GUAUCGUGCAGCGCUAACGUAAAUGAUCACGGUUCGUUUUUAAAGGGACGUUUGUGUCAAACCUGGGAAAGAAACUUAAGGACGCGUGUGUGUGGAGACCCAGUAACGACGACGGAAAUGAGGGCUGGGGAAAUAGAAGGGUGUGAGAGGUUCGUGAGCCCUGGGAAAGGCCGAGGGAUGAGAGCAACCGAACACUUUGAAGUGGGUGACCUGGUGUUCGCCUGUCCGGCGUAUUCGUGCGUGUUGACGGUAAAUGAGAGAGGAGCGCACUGCGAGUUCUGCUUCAGGAGAAAGGACGGAUUGUCGAAGUGUGGAAAAUGCAAGCAGGCCUAUUACUGUAAUGUAGAGUGUCAGAAAGGAGAUUGGCCCAUGCAUAAGCUGGAGUGCUUCGCCAUUAGUUCAUAUGGAGAGAACUGGUGUCCCUCAGAAACGGUCAGACUGGUUGCUAGAAUCCUCAUGAAGCAGAAAUUCCAGACAGAGAGUACGCAGUCAGAAAGAUUGCUAGCCCUCAAAGAAUUUGAAUCACACUUGGACAAGUUGGACACAGAGAAGAACGAGAUGUACCAAGUUGAUAUUUGUGCACUUCAUCACUUUUACUCUCGUUAUCUGGAUUUCCCUGAUGAUGCUGCUCUUGCAGAACUCUUUGCCCAGGUAAACUGUAAUGGAUUUACCAUCGAAGAUGAGGAAUUGUCUCAUUUAGGCUCUGCAGUCUUUCCAGAUGUUGCUUUGAUGAACCAUAGCUGUAUCCCAAAUGUAAUAGUGACCUAUAAGGGCACAGUAGCUGAGGUCCGUGCUGUUCAGGAAAUCAGCCCUGGAGAGGAGAUUUUCAACAGUUAUAUUGACCUCCUUUAUCCAACUGAGGACAGAAACGAGAGGCUAAUUGAUUCAUACUUCUUCAGCUGUGAUUGCAAAGAAUGCACCACCAAAUCAAAGGACAAGAGCAAAAUGGAGAUUCGCCAGAAGCUAAGUACAUCCCCAGGGCCUGAAGAAAUUUCUAAGAUGGUGGGGUAUGCCAAGAAUGUCAUUGAGGAAUUCAGGAGAGCGAAGCACUACAAGACACCCAACGAGUUGCUAGAGAUCUGCGAGUUGAGCCUGGAGAAAAUGGGAUCCAUUUUUGAGGAGACCAACGUGUACAUGCUUCACAUGAUGUACCAAGCCAUGGGUGUCUGCCUCUACAUGCAGGAUUGGGACGGAGCCAUGAAAUAUGGAGAGAAAAUAGUGGAACCUUAUAGUGUGCAUUACCCUCCUUACUCUCUUAAUGUGGCCUCCAUGUACCUGAAGCUUGGAAGACUUUACUUGGGACUUGAGAAGAAGCAGGAAGGAGUUAAAGCUUUAAAGAAGGCUCUUUCUAUUAUGAAUAUUGUCUUCGGAAAGGAGCAUCAUUACAUCGCUGAGAUUAGGAAGGAGAUGGAAGAACAGAAGUAAUGGACCUCUGUAAAUGCACCUGGUUUACUGUUAAAUGGCUUUAUUAUUACAAAGGAACGUGUGAAUGUAGGCAGAAUUUAAGAUCAAAUAAAAUAACCUUGAAAAAAUACAA